CCCCCUUUCCACCCCUCCCAGUGGCCCAUGCCCUUCUCCUAUAACCCCUUUGCUGGCUUCCCAGGAAUGGGCUAUGGUAUGGGGAUGCCCCCGUUCCCUCCUCCCAAUCCCUAUAUGGAGGUUCCAGCAUACAUCAUGCCCCGCCCUGACAUGCAACCGGUCGACUACAGACGUUUCAUCCACCCCCAGACCCAGGCUCCUAGCGUAGCGUAUCAGAACACAUACCAGCCCUGUAGAGUCCACCCACAUCAUACCGACCCAGUUAGAGAAACCGUGAACUCUGCGGUCCAAACAGAACCCCAACAGAGAGGAAGAGGUUUCAGUGAGGAAAGCCCACUCAACAGUGCAGAUUCGGGUAGUGGAACCGCAAUAAACUCUCCUUCGUCCUCGAGCUCAAGCUCCCAAAAACAAAACACUGCUGAAGUUGAGAAGGACGCGUUACACAAGCAGUAAUGAAAAAGACCUCCCGGUUAAAGAGACCAGUAUCAAACAUGGCUUUAACGUCCUCCGACCUACAGGAACGACAGCCAUCCAGUCAUGUAUCCGAGAAACCCUGGACACUGAGAAGAGCCGAAAAGAUAGUGUGGGUCAGGAGAAUGUUGCCCCAUGCAGGAACGCUCACUGUAACAUGUGGUCUGUUGGCUCUCAAGAUGGUAUGGUUCCUGUGUGUAGCUCCCCCCAACAAGAGGAGAAGGUUGUCAAAGAGAGGCGGAUCUCCGUUCCUGACAUCCUCAUGAGUUGGGGAGGUGGUACGCCUCAGGAAAAGAUGAUGGUAGAUAAGCUGCUUCAGAAUGACCUCCAAACUGAAGUAGAGCAGGAUAAGUCUGUUCACCAGAGUGGAGUCGAGACCAGAAUCAGUCCAGAGGUGGCUUAUCCUAAAGAUGAUGCUGAGGGUAACUUAAUCUCUGAGCGCAGUGAAGUCCUUUUCAAGAUCCUCAAACUGAGAGAAGCUGAAGAAGAACAACACGCAGAGUCCAGCAACAAUGAAGAGUAUUUGGGACUCGUUGGCUCCGUAAGGCGUUGUCUUCCAUUCGCAGAUGAACUCCUACAAUCCUCAUCCCAUAAGCUCCCUGACAAUGAGCAAGACUAUAGCAUCGAGACAAAUCUGCUUGAAGACACGGCACAAAUCAUUCCCUCUAUAAAUAAUAGCUCCUACCUGAAGAGAACCUGGAACGAGUCCAUUUGGUCCGUGGAGUCUCUGGCCCCCUUCAUCCCCACCAAGGAGUGGUUACAGCGUGACGACCUGUUGGCAGCCGAUGUGAUCGUGGAGCUAGCCGAGAACGACAACCCCAUUGUCAAAUCUUCCCCCACUAAAGAGGACAAAAAUAGGUCUUCUGAACCUGAGGCUAAUCGAAGCCCAAACCAGGACAUGUUAAAUGAGCAGCUGCAGGAGAAAAGAACCAGCCCUCCUCAGCAGGAAGAGAGUCUGAACUUGAACUAUAUUGGGAAGACGUGCGCAAGAAAGCUGAAUCUACAAAAUGGAGCGGGCAUCGAGGUGGAAGAUGGAGCACUUGGGAACGAAGAAGUUAGUCUGCUUGGAAAAGAGCAGCUGGGCCUCCCGAUGGCUGAUCAGAAGACGGCAGAAGUGUCUCCAUCGAAGGUGGACUUUGGAGUCCAGUGUAAUGAGUUCCAGGAACACAAGUGUGCCUGUGAGGAGAGGAGAUGCAGCAUGGGACCAAACGGGAAUCAGCCUUUUACAUAUUCUGAAACUAAGAAUGGGAACUAUAGACAAGGAGAAGGACCAAUCAUGAGGGGACAAACCCAGAAGAACCAGAGGAAACAAGGCUACAGGAAGCCCAGGGGUCAAGGUGGAAAUGGACGUAAUCCACCGUACUGAGCACUGCAGCCUCUUCAAGAACUCUUAUUUUUAAACAAAUGCAAUAUUAAAAUGUAUUUUUAAUUAAAAAUGUAAUGUCA